CGUGCCAGUCGCCCAGUCCGACGUCUUCCAGUUUCUCCAGUCCUAGAUCCGCCCAAGCUCCUGCUCGGCCGGUGCCCACUGCGCAAUGGCCGUCGGUCCUCGCCCGCUGCCGCACUCGUCGUCGGCCUCCGUGCGGCGGCGCGAGCGGUGGCUGGUCGUCCUCGGCAUCGCCCUCCACGCCGUCUACAUGCUGAGCAUAUUCGACAUCUACUUCAAGUCCCCAAUCGUCCACGGCAUGCCCCCCGUGCCGCCCCGCCUCUCCGCUCCUCCCGCCAAGCGCCUCGUCCUCCUUGUAGCGGACGGGCUCAGGGCGGACAAGUUCUUCGAGCCGGACGAGCGGGGGAGGUACAGGGCACCGUUCCUGCGCGGGGUGAUCCAGGAGAAGGGCCGGUGGGGGGUCAGCCACGCGCGGCCGCCCACCGAGUCCAGGCCUGGCCACGUCGCCAUCAUCGCGGGUUUCUACGAGGAUCCAAGUGCCGUCACAAAAGGAUGGAAGGCCAAUCCAGUUGAGUUCGAUUCUGUAUUUAAUCAAAGUCGACACACUAUCUCGUUUGGCAGUCCAGAUAUUGUUCCUAUAUUCUGCAGCAGCCUACCUCACAGUACCUGGGAUACAUAUCCCCAUGAAUAUGAAGACUUUGCAACAGAUGCAUCAUUUCUGGAUCAUUGGUCGUUUGACCAGUUUGAAGGUCUUCUCAACAGGUCUCUUGACGAUGCUAAAUUGAGGCAAUUGCUCCUACAGGACAAGUUGGUUAUAUUUCUGCACUUACUGGGCUGUGAUACUAAUGGUCAUGCACAUCGUCCCUAUUCAAGCAUCUAUCUGAACAAUGUCAAGGUUGUUGACGAAAUAGCUGAGAAAAUGUACAAUCUUAUGGAAAGCUACUUCAAUGACAACCAAACAGCUUAUGUUUUUACUGCAGAUCAUGGAAUGAGUGACAAAGGAAGCCAUGGAGACGGACACCCAUCGAACACCGAUACUCCUCUUGUAGCAUGGGGUGCUGGAAUCAGGAGCCCAAAGUUCAUGACCUACACAGACAAACCUGAUGAUGGCUUUCGGUUUGUUGAUGACCACAAACACGAUAUGCCCACACCACAAAAUUGGGCUCUUGAAGGCUUUGAAAGAGUGGAUGUCAACCAAGCUGAUAUAGCUCCUCUAAUGGCUACACUUGUGGGUUUGCCAUGCCCGAUGAAUUCUGUGGGGAACUUACCUUCUCACUAUUUGAAACUAAGCGAGGCUGAUGAAGUUGAAGCAGUUUUGGCCAACACAAAGCAGAUUCUUAACCAGUUUCUCCGAAAGUCAGAGCAGAAGGAAUCCAGCUCACUCUAUUUCAAGCCUUUUAAACCAUUGGUAAACUACACUUCUGUCCUCGAUCAAAUUGAAGAUCUUAUAUCUGCAAGGGACUAUGAAAAUGCCGUGAAACAGUCUGAGGAACUCCGCAGUAUGGCUCUUGGUGGUCUCCAUUAUUUUCAAACAUAUGAUUGGUUUAUGUUAAUGACAACAAUUACCCUUGGAUAUAUUGGAUGGAUGGCGAACCUUGUCCUACAUGUGCUACAGUCUUACACAACAUUUCCUGCUAAUCUUCCAAAGAGGACUCAACUGUAUCCCAAUAAUACCUCCAUGAAAGUAUACAUAGGUGGAUGCUUGUUUAUGGGUUUGUCAUCCAUUAUACUACUUCUAGAGAAAUCUCCACUUCUUUACCAUGCUUAUGUAUUUAUGACAAUUUUCCUUUGGACAAGAAUUGUGCAAAACUUUGAAUUCAUGAAGUCAGCAUGGAGAGAACUAUCAAAUAUGCCAUUCAAGUACAUUAUGAACCUGCUGAGCUGCUCAGUUGCUGCGUUGUUCAUAUUGGAGUUUCUGGUCAUGAGCUUCUUUGAUAGGAAGCUGUAUACCUGGUGCUUUUUGGCCCUUGGGAUGCUUUCUUCAAUUUGUGUUGCCAUAUUUAUUCAAGCUAGUCCUGCUGUUGCAAUGUACACAUGGCUUGCAUGCUGGUUCCUGUCUGUAUUCACAUUAAUGCCAGCUGAAAUUCCAGAAAACAACAACUUAGUAAUAUUUAGUGGGGUGCUGAUAGUACUGAUCUCAAUGGCUUCGAGAUGGACGACCACCAAUAGUACCAGCUUUUGGCUUUAUCUUAAUCGAGCAAACAAACGAGGACCUAAAUCUUCUAAGUUAUUUUUUGUUCAGGUUAUUUUGGUUGCAAUAUCUUCAAUAAUGGUAUGGUUAACUACAUCUCAUCGGUCUCAGAACAAAGAACUGCACCCACUGCACCAGUUGAUCAACUGGUGGCUAGCUGGUUUCGCUAUGGUGCUACCCCUUUUUUCACCACGUAGUGUUCUAUCUCGUCUUACAUCUAUCUUCUUGGGUUUUGCACCUCCAUUUCUGCUGCUCUCUAUUGGCUAUGAAGCAGUAUUCUAUAGUGCUUUUGCGAUGGUUCUCAUGGGGUGGAUAUAUCUUGAAUCUGCCAACCUCUGUUGCUCAGAAGAAAAUGAUAUUGCAUGUCAUAAUGGCCUUGUGGAUGGCUCUGCUCUUGGCUAUGACGAAAGAUGCUUACAGCUAUCUGAUUUACGAAUCCCUCUGUUAUUUAUAAUCUUAUUUAAUGUUGCUUUCUUUGGAACCGGAAAUUUUGCAAGUAUUGCAAGCUUUGAGAUCUCAUCUGUGUACCGAUUCAUCACAAUAUUUAGUCCAUUUCUUAUGGCGGCACUUCUUAUUUUCAAAUUGUUCAUUCCAUUUAUGCUUGUCAUAUGUACAUUUAGUGCCGUGACCAAGAUUGUACGAAUCCCACGGCUCGGUUGUUAUUUUCUCGUAAUACUGCUUUCAGAUGUGAUGACAAUUCAUUUCUUCUUCCUGGUUCAAAACACGGGGAGUUGGAUGGAGAUAGGCAACAGCAUUAGCCAUUUUGGAAUCGUGAGCGCGCAAGUAGUCUUUGUGUUGCUGCUUUUUGCUCUCACAAACAUAUACACAAAAGAUAUCGAAGUCUCAUCUCGGCAACUAACCUCUCGGAAAGUUAUGUAGAUAGAUCCGACAGUUUUUACAGAUUCUGUAGCAUAUACCCAUUUAUUGUUGUAGAAUGUAGAGUAUACCCAUUUAUUGUUGUAGAACUAACUUUCGGGCUUAGCUUUUGUUCGUCGGCCAAGUUUUGGAACUUGACUCGUUUAGCUUAUAGAUUAUCUUUGUACUGGGUGGUCUUACUAGCUUUAAACUUUUUCUUUUUUGUUUCUUGGACAUCUGUGCUUCUUGAAGAGAAAUAACAUGGCCGAAAUUUUGGUGCAGACAUUUUAUUUUUGUAGGUGCAACUAUCAACUAGAUAGAGGAUUAGAGGUUCUGAGGUUGUUAUAUUACUUGCAUGUGUAAACCUUCUUUAAACCAUUGCAAAACAUUUGAGGGAAUGUUAUCACC